GGGAGGUAGGAUAGAGGGGCGGGAGCCAAGGCCGAAGGGGCGGACACGGGGUGGCGUCUAGCUCUCCAUAAAGGGGCGGCGAGGGCCGCGCUCUCUUCUGCGCUGGCAGCGGCCACCAGCGGGGAACAGGGCGCAAUGUCCGUUCGCUGCCAGGAGAGUCCGGUGCUGGCAGGCAGCGCCACUUUGGCUGUCCUGGGGGCACUGGUUCUGUGCCUCGCGGAGCCCGCCGGCUACGGGAAGUACACGGAGAGCCGAAUGCCCGUGGCUACCCGCCUGUCCGCCCGCGCCGCCUGGUUCCUGCAGGAGCUGCCCUCCUUCGCGGUGCCCGCGGGGAUCCUCGCCGGGCAGCCCCGCUCUCUCUUCGGCCAGCCUGCGACUGUGCUUCUGGGCCUCUUCUGCGCACAUUACUUCCACAGGACAUUUGUUUACUCACUGCUCACUAGAGGGAGGCCGUUUCCAGUUGUAUUCCUUUUCAGAGGCUUUGUCUUCUGCAUGGGAAAUGGACUCCUCCAAGGCUACUAUCUGGUUUACUGUGCUGAAUACCCUGCUGAGUGGUACACAGACAUACGGUUUAGCUUGGGUGUCUUCUUAUUUAUCUUGGGAAUGGGAAUCAACAUUCAUAGUGACUAUAUAUUGCGCCAGCUCAGGAAGCCUGGAGAAAUCAUCUAUAGGAUUCCACAAGGUGGCUUGUUCACGUACGUUUCUGGAGCCAAUUUCCUUGGCGAGAUCAUUGAAUGGAUCGGCUAUGCCCUGGCCACUUGGUCCCUCCCAGCACUUGCAUUUGCAUUUUUCUCACUUUGUUUCCUUGGGCUGCGAGCUUUUCACCACCAUAGAUUCUACCUCAAGAUGUUUGAGGACUACCCCAAGUCUCGGAAAGCCCUCAUUCCAGUCAUCUUUUAAAGAAACCAAAUAAAAAGGGAACAAAGCUCCCACAAUCCUUUUGAAAACCAUCAAGCUGCUGAACUUAUAACUUUUUUUUUUUUUUUUUUUUUUUUGCGGUACGCGGGCGUCUCACCGCUGUGGCCUCUCCCGUUGCAGAGCACAGGCUCCGGACGCGCAGGCUCAGCGGCCAUGGCUCACGGGCCCAGCCGCUCCGCGGCAUGUGGGAUCCUCCCAGACCGGGGCAUGAACCCACGUCCCCUGCAUCGGCAGGCGGACUCUCAACCACUGCACCACCAGGGAAGCCCUGAACCUAUAACUUUUUAAAGUCCCAUCGUGUAUAUGUAAUAGGAGGCCUCUGGUGUUCUGGCAGCUGGCCUGAGGAUUCUGCAUGGGCCCCCCUAGUGUUUCCUCCCAUCCUCCCUGUCCAGAUCUCUUACUGAAGCUUCAGCAAGGCCCUUUUUUUUACUCAAAGACAUCUACUUAGCUAUUGCUCCUAGAAAGUGCAAAGUUUCCUAUGUUUUUUUUUCUUUGAAAGACCCAAGUACAGGUGGCUUUAUACCUGCUCUGUAUCCAUCUAAGACAGCUCGGUAGUUGAGAAAGUUUUGAGUUGAGGGCAGUGCUUAUAGAAUUUAUUAAAGGUGCACAUUUGACACGUAUACAAAUCCGCAGCAAUUUAAAUUCUGAAGCUGCAUGGACCCAGAACAAUUUUUCUUCCAAAUGAAAACCCACUCACGUGGGUUUUCCUUAGUUAACUGUGAAAAAUGUGAAAUGAUUACGUAGACUUUUAAUAAGGGAGCUCUGUCUUCAUAUUGCUGAAAAUGCAACAACGCGUUGACCCCAUUUCAAAUUUGUGCAUUGUCUUAGUGCCUCUGUCUUCCUGAAGAGUCCACAAUCCCUGUUAGAGAUAUCAUAGGCUAAUCCAGAAAACUGGUGUGGGUUUUAUUGAAGGUCAGAUUUUAAUGACCACAGAGAAGAAGAGAUGACUCUGGUUGACUACAAAGAGCAGAAAAGUGUUUUACAAUAGACCGCAAAUUCUUAUAUUCUUAGAAACUGGUGGGAAUAUCCAAAUAAUGAGUGUCAGAUAAGGAAAUCGCCGAAUAAGAGCACAUGUUGUUUGCCUGGACAAGACAUGUACAAUGAUGGUAAAGCAUCUCAGAAGCACCCAACAACUCUUCUCUUCUGGAGUUUCUGCAUCACAGUCCUCAGGAUCUGAUCAAGAAGGCGUUCCCUAGGGGUGCCUUGAACAUCAGUUCUCAAAAGUCCUGGGAGCAGAGGCUGAAAAUUGCAACCGGAGGAACGCCUUUAGGCAGAAAACCUGCUUUGUUUGGCUCUGACAGUGUUUCUCACAUAGUCUGGUUUUCUUUUCUUUUCUUUUCUUUUCCUUUUUUGUGGUACGCGGGCCUCUCACUGUUGUGGCCUCUCCCGUUGCGGAGCACAGGCUCUGGACGCACAGGCUCAGCGGCCAUGGCUCACGGGACCAGCCGCUCCGCGGCAUGUGGGAUCUUCCCGGACCGGGGCACGAACCCAUGUCCCCUGCAUCGGCAGGCGGACUCCCAACCACUGCGCUGCCAGGGAAGCCCCAGUCCGGUUUUCUUUUUUUGUUUACAUUCAAAGUUUCCAAAAUUUAAAAAUUAGGAGGUUUCUGCAUUCUCUAGUGUCCUUUAAAAAGUUGGAGGAUCUGGACCCAUGGAACCAGCUAAGAGCUGGGACUGAUCAGCUGGUAGACAUCAGAAUUUGCAGCCUUGUGGAGGGGUCACCCUUGCAUGGGUGCUGAGACUUUGGGCUCUUUAGGGAAGGGGCUGAACAUUCAUAAUUAGAAUGUAUGAUGAUAUUUGUCUAUGUAGGUCUAGGUUUGUACUCAGCAUUGGUAAUAUUUAGCAAACCCCUUUGAGAAUGAGCACCAGUUUUAUCAGAUGUAAUGCUAAGUGCAGAAAUUCACUAGGAUAAAACACACAGGACACUCAAAAGAUCUGAAGAUGAUGUACAUUACUGAAAAAUAUAAUCACAUAUAUACAUGUUUUGCUGUUUAAAUGCCUCUCAAAUCAUGGGUGUUAAGUAAUUUUUUUGAAUUAAAAGAUCCCCAGACUCACGAAGAUUUUCAUAAAGUGUUGAGCUGUGUUUGUUCCCCCUUUAUUUCUUUUUUCCUCCAAGUGUUGCUUCCUUUUUUUCUCUUCUCUCUUCAUUUUGCCAACUUGAAAUUCAGGGCUCUGAGCUGAAAAUAAAAGAGAAAUAUGACUUAUAGAGCUUGUCACACAGCUAAGAACUCCAAGCAGGUGCAAUAAAGGCGCAGGAGAAUGUGCUAAGGCUGGAUGCCCCUCCUCGUGUUCAGGCAUACACGGGGGAGUGGGAGAAACACACUCAGUGAAAUAAAUCUUAAAGUGUAGCUUGGCCUCUGUGAAAUAAAAGACUCCCUGUUCUCUCCGUGACAUUGAAAAGUGCCUUUAUUAAAUCCUUUAUCUUAUUACUAUGUAAAACAUCCUUGAAAUAUAAUGAGUGCUCAA